GCGCGCACUCGUGUUGCUCGCGUGAGGAGCUCACGACCACGCAGGAGCAGAACAUCAGGAAAACACGGGAAUGUGGCUGGAGCGUAUGGAUGAAGGAUGCACGCGCUCUCUGGAUAAGGUCACAGUGUGAGGAUUACCGUUCACGCGCACACACAUGAAGGGCACUUGUGCUGGCACUGGGAAUACUGGGAAUGGGGCAUUUCGUAUUACAUCACAGCAGCGGUUCAUUCAGCGCUCUCCCCUAGAAAACGGCGCAGUGUUUUUGACGAGGCACUCUGCACAAGGAGAGAGCAUCUGACCAGACUAGAGGACAGUGAAUGAGGAUUUGUCCAGAGGAAAGCAGAAGAGCUUGUUUGUGUGUUUUCUUCAAUGAAUGGCGUGUUCGAGGGCUUGAAGGCACGUGCUGGAGGAGUUUCUCACUGUACGUUGAGGUCUAGCGGCAGCGGGCAUUUGAACGGACCAUGUGGUUAGCCGCGCACACAAACCGGCUCCUCGCACACCAGCGGGACUUCUGCUGUGGCAGUGUUUCUCUGUGGAUAUGGCUCCUUUGCUGUUGCGUGACACUCGUCCGAGGACAGGGCUACUACCCCACCGUAAACACGCAGUACGGGAAGUUACGGGGCGUGCGGGUUCCGCUGCCCAGCGAGAUCCUGGGACCGGUGGACCAAUAUCUGGGUGUGCCGUACGCCGCCCCUCCUGUGGGGGAGAAACGCUUUCUGCCCCCCGAGCCGCCCUCCUCUUGGUCGGGGAUCAAGAACGCCACUCACUUCGCCCCAGUCUGUCCGCAAAACAUCCACAACGCCGUGCCGGAGAUCAUGAUGCCCAUCUGGUUCACCUUUAACUUGGAUAUAGUCGCCACAUAUAUACAAGAUCAAAACGAGGAUUGUUUGUACCUUAACAUCUACGUUCCAACGGAGGAUGUCAAAAGAAUAUCCAAGGAAUGUGCCAGAAAACCCAACAAGAAAAUGUGUAGAAAAGGAGGAACCCAUUCCAAAAAACAGGGCGAGGAUUUAUCAGAGAAUGACGGGGAUGAAGAUGAAGACAUACGAGAUACCGGAGCCAAACCUGUGAUGGUCUACAUUCAUGGCGGGUCCUACAUGGAAGGCACAGGGAACAUGAUCGACGGAAGCGUGCUGGCCAGUUAUGGGAACGUCAUCGUCAUUACUCUCAACUUUCGAGUUGGCGUCUUAGGGUUCCUGAGCACAGGAGACCAGGCGGCUAAAGGGAAUUACGGCCUUCUGGAUCAGAUUCAGGCACUGCGCUGGAUCAGCGAGAACAUUGGCUAUUUUGGUGGUGAUUCCAAUCGCAUCACUGUUUUUGGAUCAGGAAUCGGUGCCUCUUGUGUGAGCUUGCUGACUUUAUCACACCAUUCUGAAGGACUCUUUCAUCGUGCCAUAAUCCAGAGCGGCUCAGCCUUGUCCAGCUGGGCCGUCAACUAUCAGCCAGUCAAGUACACGAGGCUGCUGGCGGAGAAAGUGGGCUGUAACGUGCUGGACACCCUGGACAUGGUGGACUGUCUAAGAAAGAAGAGUGCUCGGGAGCUGGUGGAACAAGACAUCCAGCCAGCGAGAUACCACGUGGCCUUCGGCCCAGUCAUUGACGGCGAUGUCAUUCCCGAUGACCCUGAGAUCCUGAUGGAGCAGGGCGAGUUUCUCAACUAUGACAUCAUGCUGGGUGUCAACCAGGGCGAGGGCCUGCGCUUUGUGGAGAACGUCGUGGACUCUGAAGAUGGUGUCUCGGGCAAUGAUUUUGACUUCUCUGUCUCGGACUUUGUGGACAGUCUGUAUGGUUACCCGGAGGGCAAGGAUACUCUGCGAGAGACCAUUAAGUUCAUGUACACGGACUGGGCCGACAGAGACAAUCCUGAGACGCGCCGCAAGACGCUGGUGGCACUCUUUACCGAUCAUCAGUGGGUGGAGCCCUCAGUUGUAACAGCAGAUCUUCACGCCCGGUAUGGCUCACCCACCUACUUCUACGCCUUCUACCACCACUGCCAGAGUCUGAUGAAACCCGCCUGGUCAGAUGCAGCUCAUGGAGAUGAGGUACCCUACGUCUUUGGUAUUCCCAUGAUUGGCCCAACUGACCUCUUUCCUUGCAACUUCUCCAAAAAUGACGUCAUGCUCAGUGCUGUCGUCAUGACCUAUUGGACAAACUUCGCCAAAACCGGGGAUCCCAAUAAGCCAGUGCCUCAGGAUACCAAAUUUAUCCACACUAAAGCCAAUCGUUUUGAAGAGGUGGCCUGGUCCAAAUACAAUCCUCAAGACCAGCUAUACCUGCACAUCGGCCUGAAGCCACGUGUCCGUGAUCACUACCGUGCCACAAAAGUGGCUUUCUGGAAGCACCUGGUCCCUCAUCUCUAUAACCUACAUGACAUGUUCCACUACACCUCCACCACGACCAAAGUGCCACCAGCAGAGACAACUCAGAAUUCCGUUGCCACCAAACGACCCAAUGGCAAAGCCUGGCCGUUUAACACCAAAAGACCUCCCAUGUCGCCGGCCUACAACAGCGAAAGUGGAAAGGAGCAGUGGAACGGAGAAGAGGAGCCAGGUCCUCUGGUGGUCGAGAACCCACGGGAUUACUCGACGGAGCUGAGCGUGACUAUUGCAGUCGGGGCUUCGCUGUUGUUCCUCAACGUUCUGGCAUUUGCCGCAUUGUACUACCGUAAGGACAAGCGUCGGCAGGAACAGCACCCGCAGCCCAGCCCGCCCCGAACCAACACAACCAAUGACGUCAACCGGCACAGCCCAGAAGAGGAGAUCAUGUCUUUGCAGGUCAACCAGACACACCACGAGUGCGAUGCAGGGCUGCCGGGCGACCCACUGCGACUGGCCUCGCUUCCCGACUACACACUGACAUUGCGCCGCUCACCUGACGAUAUCCCGCUCAUGACGCCAAACACCAUAACUAUGAUCCCCAACUCGCUGGUGGGUAUGCCUAAUCUGCAUCCCUACAACACCUUCACGGCCGGCUUCAACUCUACCGGCCUGCCACAUUCCCACUCAACCACACGCGUAUAGCUUUACGAAGAUCCGGUUGGGGGGGGGGAGAGGGGUCGGGGAGGAUUCAGAGAGGGAUGGGGACAGUGAUGGAAUCAAAAGCAUUUGAAUAGACUUUUGCAAAAAGGAAUGACAAAUUCCUUCCAGAUGUCAAGUUGUGCAAACCUGCCAAAACAAAACUGCUCUGUUUGGGUGAAAAGGAGUGAACAUUUCAAGCAGUAUUUUUUCUAAUCACCAUUUUAAAGGAAAAACACCUUUUUAAGCAGAAUCGUGCAAAAGGGGCGAUCACUUUUUUCUUGAAUAAAUAACAAAAAAACAAAAACAAAGGAUAGGAAAGUGCAUUUUAUUUCCCAUCAUAGUCUUUUGUGGGAAGAAGUUUUGAAACUGUGGCCUCUGAGGUGACAUCUGCGUAAUAUUGUUUGCGUUGCUUUUCCUUUUCUUUUCAAUGCCUUAUAAAGAGCUUGUUUUUCUCUCUCUCUCUCUCUCGAUUUGAUGAUUUUUUCCCUAAGAUGAGUGUGGAGGGAACGUGCUGCAGUGAUCUAUUUUGGAUUGAAACAGCAACAGCGAUGUGUUCUUUUCAGUCGCAUAACCUUACCCAUGGUGUUUAACUUCUUUUCUUGAUUCUAUUGAAAAUCCAUAGUUUGAUACUUUGCCACGGGACAAGACUGGAGAAGUUCCUCUAACCAUUUUGUUUCAAGGAAAGUGCAUCUUUUUCAAUUUCAGCAUCAUACAUUAAUGAAAUAACAUUUACACACAACAAUCAGAGCACUAUUUGGUGUGUGUUUGAUUCUGAUUUAAGUUUGGAUGAGUAUGAUGUGUGUGUGUGCUCGUGUGUGUGAUAGCCUGUCAUAUGAUUUUCCUUUACAAUUGCAUUGAGUUUGUUUACCACAAGUAGUUUUUCAAUUUCGUCUAUGGUCAUCUGUCUUUGCGAAAUAGAACUUUUUGUUAUUUUAAAAGUUACAUAUGUCUAAUUUUGCUUAAGAAUUAAAAAAUAAAUGUAUUAUUUUACAUGCAGGAGAAAACAAUAGCUGAAGAUUGAACUGAACUAACUGACAUGAUUCCAUUGACUUAUAAUCGUUCUUCUGGACUGGAGACAGUGGCCUCUUCACACUGAAUAACCCAUCAGUGUAGACCUGUGUUUCUUUAAAUAUAUAUAUAUAUAUAUAUAUAUAUAUAUAUAUAAAUAUGGGCAUACAUACAUAUAUGUAUAGGGCUUUUAUGAAGAUUUUAUGAACGGUGUAAAUGAGCUCUGUAGCAGACUGAUUCAGAUAUCAAGCUGAAAGAAUCAAAACCAGAAGGCAAAGCAAAUACUAGAUUUAUCCUCAACACUAGAACUGAGGCCAAAACACAUGUCUUUUUAAUUGCUCUAUAUGUAUAUUUAUGUAUAAAUAUAUUUAAUAUUUAUUUAUGUAUACCAGAUGUAUACAUGCUGAUUGUGCCAUGUGCCAAAUUAAACCAUAAAA